AUGGCAGCUCGAUCCUCAAUCCUCAAGUCCACUCGGUCGGUGGCGACCGGUUCGCGAUCCGUGUUGGCUCGUCGAUCGUACGCAACGCCUGCUACUGGCACCACUGUAAGCUUCGGGCUCAGCGAUGACCAACGGGCAAUUCAAGAGUUGGCGCAGAACUUCACACGAGAGACGAUCAUGCCGGUAGCGGCAGAGUACGACCGAACCAUGGCGUACCCAUGGCCUGUGUUGAAAGAGGCGCACCGAUUGGGUCUGAUGAACACCCACGUUCCUGCUGAAUAUGGUGGACCCGAGUUGCCAUUGAUGGACUGCGCUCUGAUAUCCGAGGCGGUCGCCUAUGGAUGUACCGGAAUCCAAACAGCUAUGGAAGCGAAUGGACUGGCAGAAGCACCGCUCAUUGUCGCCGCCUCCCACGAGACCAAGAUGAAGUACUUGGGGCGCAUGUCUGAGGAGCCUCUGAUGGCCUCUUACUGUGUGACUGAGCCGGGAGCGGGAUCGGAUGUGGCGAACAUCAAGACUAAGGCGGAAAAGAAGGGCGAUCAGUGGGUGAUCAACGGAAGCAAGAUGUGUACAAACUCAGGCCAUGCCAACUGGUUCUUCGUCCUCGCUGUGACUGAUGCCGCUGCUUCCCCAUCCAAGCGUAUGACAGGCUUUGUCGUCGACGCCGACACUCCCGGAAUCACGCUCGGCAAGAAGGAGGUCAACAUGGGUCAGCGCGCUAGUGAUACCCGCAUGGUCACUUUCCAGGAUGUCGUCGUUCCCGCCGAGAACGUGCUCGGAUCUCCAGGAGAGGGGUUCAAGAUCGCUAUGAAGGCAUUCGAUAUCACUCGUCCUCUUGUGGCUGCCGCGGCCACCGGUCUCGCUCAGCGGGCGCUGGAAGAGGCGGUCAAGUAUGCACAGGACCGAAAGACUAUGGGUCAGGCUAUCAUCAACCACCAGGGAGUGGCAUUCUUGCUCGCGGAUAUGGCGAUCGCCGCAGAGGCUGCUCGGGCGCUGGUCUGGAAGGCGGCGUGGGCCAAGGACGCUGGGGAGCGGAACACCUUCUACGCGUCCAUGGCCAAAGCAUUCGCGGGUAAGGCUGCGGUCGAUAACGCCAACAACGCCGUCCAGGUGUUUGGCGGCGCGGGGUACUCGUCCGAGCUGCCAGUGGAGAAGCUGUAUCGUGACAGCAAGAUCUUUGAGAUUUGUGAGUACAGCGUUGGAACCGCACAGAUCCAGCGAUUGAUCGUUUCCCGCCAUUUGAGCUCCUUAUACCCUGCAUAG